AUGAGCGGCAACCCUCACCUGGAGCCUACUCCAGGUUCCAAGAUUGACUCGGCAGAGGCGCCUACGUUUGUUCACAGCGAGAACACACAUGUCGAGGCGGGCCUUAAAGCACUAAAACCGAAAGAUGGCGACACGGCCAUGGCAAUUUUCAACGACGAGGAACUUCAGGAACCCGUGGAUCCAGUCGAGGCGCGCAAACUGCUCUGGAAAAUUGACUUCAUGAUAUUACCAUAUCUAGCCGUUUGCUAUGCCUUCUUUUAUAUUGAUAAGACCACAUUGAGCUAUGCGGCAAUCUUUGGGAUCAAUGAAGACCUUAACCUUCACGGGACACAGUAUAGUUGGCUCAGUAGUAUUUUUUACUUCGGAUUCCUCGCCUGGGCGUUCCCGACGAACUUUCUGAUGCAAAGACUGCCCAUAGGAAAAUAUCUUGGAGCGAAUAUCUUCAUGUGGGGUGUUUUCCUGAUGAUCCAAGCCGCAUGUAACAACUUCGCAACUCUUGCUGUGCUUCGAGCGCUGGGGGGAGCCGCAGAAGCCUGUGCGGAUCCUGCGUUUAUGCUCAUCACUAGUAUGUGGUAUACGCGACGCGAGCAACCUGUCCGUAUUGGUUUAUGGUAUACGGCCAAUGGGCUCGGAAUUGCCCUUGGAGGUCUCUUAGGCUAUGGAAUCGGUCAUAUCAGAGGUGCACUUCCAUCGUGGAAGUACGAAUUUAUUGUAAUCUGGGGAAUCGUCAUGUUCAUCUUCCUCCCUGAUUCACCGGUCACAGCACCGGGCCUCACCCAAAGGGAGCGUCGAAUCGCAGUGGAGAGAUUACGAGAUAAUCAGACAGGUGUCGAAAACAAGCAUCUCAAGCCUUACCAGAUUCUCGAAGCGUUCCUAGACUACAAGAUAUACUUCUUCUUCACCCUCGGUCUAGUUUGCAAUGUUCCAAACGGUGGCAUCUCUAAUUUUGGAACCAUAAUCAUCAAAGGCUUCGGAUUCUCUACCCUAGUGACUACCCUGAUGCAGGUAAGCAACCACACUGAUGACGCCAGACUACAGCAAAAGCUCAACUACAUCAUCCAGAUACCCUACGGAGCCCUGAUCGCACUCUCCAUUCUAGCCUGUGUAUACCUCAACGACCGCUUCGAGAACAGACGCUGCGUCUUCAUCCUAAUAUUCCUCAUCCCAAAUAUAGCAGGGGCAUUCGGCCUACGCUUCGUCCCGACAGAUCAGCAAGUCGGCCGACUAAUCUGCUAUUACUUAACAGGCCCAUACAACGCAGCCUUCGUUCUGGUCCUGAGUAUGCAAGUCGCAAACACAGCUGGCCACACAAAGAAAGUAGUCACCAACGCAGUCCUCUUCCUAGGGUACUGCACUGGAAACAUCGCCGGUCCAUUCUUCUACAAGGAGAGCCAGAAACCAACCUACGAGCUCGGCAUCUGGUCCAUGAUCGUUUCGCAUCUGAUUGAAGCUGUCCUCAUCAGUACCCUGGGCCUUCUGCUUCGCUGGGAGAAUCAAAAGAGGGAUAAGAUACAGUCUCAGAUGGAAGGCGGGUUGGAAGGUAGAGAUCUGGAUGCGACUGCCUUCUUGGAUCUGACGGAUAGGGAGAAUUUGAAGUAUGUUUUUUCUCGUUUCAUUUCGCUGAUUUUGUGCGGUAUUUGUGCUAACUUUUCUACUUUACAGUUUCCGGUAUAUUUAUUAGCAUGA